AUGUCCAUUGAGUUGGUGAUGCCAUCCAACCAUCUUAUCCUAAUUUUGAACAAAUUAAUUUUACAUAGCUUUGGUGAGAAUCCUUUGAUUUAUAUUUUAAAAUAUCAACACUAUCCCAACAUACAUUUAGUGGAUGAAAACCAGAGGGAAUAUAUAUUAUUUGGAGUUCACCUACCAGGACUAAGUAAUGCUGUGUCAUUUAUGUCUGGAGUAAUAUUUUUGUUUAAUUUAUAUAACAUUGUAUUGAAACUGAAACUAAAAUUUCCCAUGCCUUUAUACUGGGUAGGUUUUCCCCUCCUAGACUUCAAUUAUUUUGAUUGUUUUGAAAUAAUUCUAUAG